AUGUUUAAUGCUGCAACUUUAUAUUUAAAUGAUAAGUCUGGAAUUAAGGAUGAAGUAUUGGGUGAAAAAUAUAUGAGAUUAGCUGCUUAUAAACAACAUAAGCAAGCUAUCGAAUAUUUUAAGAAAAAGGACUGGACUUU